AUGGCGCAUCUUGAACCCACCAACUCGGGCUACGCGUCUGCAGCAGGUGCUUCGCGCCGCGACUAUUCCACGCCGCUGCCAUUCGCGUAUUCGAGACAGCCGUCGAGGGCUCAGCCGCCGCCGGUGGUGUCGGACGAAGAUGGUAAGACUCAACGUCACGCUCCGCAAGCUGGUCCUGUACGGCCAUGUGUCGACCCACAGGCCCAGGAGGCAUGGCUACUUUCGAAGCCACCGUCAAAGCAACCGGUGCGUGCCAAAAAGGGAGGCCCGGAAAUUGUGAUUCCUGUCCGUGGACCUUCUCUUCCAGGCCUGUCUGCGAAGAAGGUCAACAGAGACAAAGCCUCCCAAGAUGCAAUGAUGGAACCACCUGCUCUCAACAUCUCCAGACCCAGUCUACGGACCUCGGGGCCUGUCAAGUCGCAACAGUCGGAGUCCGGUUUGGGCAAAGUCUUUCGCGAUGGGGUCAUGCAUCAAAUGAAACGAAAGGGAAGCGUUGCCUAUGAACAUGUGGAUGGUGUGAGCAUGGAUACACAUCCCGCAGCAUCUACCAGCGAAUAUGGGACGGAUGAACCCAUUCCUGAGAUAGAAGCCCGCGAUGUAAAUGAGAUUCAGAGGCCAGCUGAGUAUGAUUAUCCCAUCUACGACGACAGCGAGGAGGAUCACAAGUCGCCAGCACGGUCACCACUGUCUUCGGCUUCUGACAGAGGUGACUCUCCGUCGCGUCAAUGGUCUGGGACUUCGAAUUCCACCUCUGCCACCUCGACUAGCGGUGAGAGUGCAGCUCAGACUGAGCAGCUUUCGCCCCUCCGAGAGCAGCGCAGUUCCCACGAUGACUCGAUGCAGCUAUACGCUGAUGCAGUCAUACAUGCAACUGGGUCCGCAGCCCCAUACGCUCACCUCGAGGGCAAUUCCCCGGUUGCUGCAGGAGCAGGAAGAAAGGUCGAGCUUGACGUUAUCAAAGAGGAGGACGGAGAAUCAAUCUAUAGUGGUCGGGGAGACGCUGCACCCAGUCCUGCGGUGAAGGGGGUCAAGGAUGCAGAAUGCCUCACCACGGGCACCCUCCAGCAUCUAUUGCCUUCAGGCGCGAAAGCUGCAACGGAAGGGAAGACUGCCAACACGGACGGUCGAUCGAUCGAAGGCAAUGGAGAACAGUCACCUCCGCGUGUCCUUGCUGCUCCCGGAAUCGGCAACGAUCCACACAUCUAUGAACUUGAGGCGACCAGCCUUACUCGGGAGAGCAGCGAUCCGAGCAGUCCGUCAAGGAACGGGACUCUCGAUGAAAGCGUCGCUGACAGUGCAAGCUCGGAAAGCUCUCGAGGGACGGGUCUGGCUGGUGCAGUCCAUCAUAAGAUCUCCACCGCGGCACAUGCCCUUGAAGAAAAGGUCAAGAAGUCGGUUAGCUUCAGCCCGGUCGAGGAUGUGAGGUUUCUGACGCCCUUGCCUAGCCGGCUGGGUGAAGGCACCAGACACGACGUUAAUCAAGCCCAACGGCACAGACUCCGAUGA